GUCUUGUUGGCUUGCGCUGUUUAGUUUGGCGCCAGCGUUUUCGCGGGGAGCUUUUGAGUAAAAAAAAUUAAGAGCACAAAAUAAAACAGUAUGUUCACGAUCAGUUUUUAGGUAUUAGGCAAUCGUAUUUUAAUCUUGUAGUUUUCGUGUUCGUUAUAGUAAUGUUAAGAUAAGAAAGUACUUCUUCUUUAUGACGAACAACGUUGUUAUCCCAGACUGACUGCACUUUCGUAAGUAAAGGCUCUGUGUUUGAAGAUGAUGGCUACUGUUCUCUCUUCAAGUUCUAGCAUGUUGCCUCUCCUGGAGACCCUGGAGGAUUCCACUGUAUCCCUGACUGAGCAGACUGAUGCCUACCUCACUAUUGCAAAGCGUCUGAGUGGGGAGGAUGGAAGACAGUUUAUCCCUGUAGUUGGAAAGCACUUUACACGUCUCUGUAAAGCUUUUAAGGGGCACAUUUCGAGCCAGAAUUCUGAACUCUGCCAGGCAGCACUUCAAGCAUUGGGUUUCACUGUUUUCCACAGCAGCAUUGUGUCUGGGUUACCAGCAAGUUAUGUGGAAGAGCUGAUUUUGGCUCUCAACUCCCUUGCUGUUAAAUCCUGCGACAAGAAUACUUGCACCCGGGCACUUUGGGUGAUUGCUAAACAGAACUUCCCAGCUGAAGCAGUUGGGAAGAAGGUACCAGAUAUUCUAAAAACGUUAGAGACUGUACAUGCCAGGCAAGAUGUGCAGUCGAUGGUGAUGGAGCACGAAGCACUAAAUGUUGUUAUGAGGCUGUUGGAGCAGACUCCAGCUCAGAUGGGGGAGGGUGCAGUCACAUGGGCUAAGCUUGUGAUUCCAUUGGUGGUUCACUCCGCCCCCAAGGUGCGAUUACGGGCAGCAGCAGCUCUGGAGCUGGGUAUGCCCCUUCUGAUCGAGAAGCAACAGGAGGUGGCAGCCAUCACAGAGGCCCUCAUGUCUUCGAAACUGAUACCAGAACUACAGAAGCUGUUUUCAUCCAAGAAUGAGACUAAUGUGCUGAAACUGUGGCCCCUGUUUGUGAGGUUACUGGGAAAGACCCUGCACCGUGGAGGAACUUUCAUUAACUCGCUGUUGCAUUUGGAAGAGCUGGGUUUCCGCAGCAGUUCUCCAGUAGUGAAGAAAAUCGCCUUCAUCGCCUGGAAAAGCUUGAUUGAUAACUUUGCAUUGAAUCCAGAUAUCCUUUGUAGUACCAAACGUCUGAAAUUACUGAUGCAGCCUCUCGCCUCAAUCCAAGUGAGAACUGAAGUGCUGCUGCUGACUAAACUGGAGGUCUGGUGGUACUUGGCAGUGAAACUUGGUCCGCAUUUCACUGCUAAUUUUGAACAGGUGGGGAUUCCUUUGGUCCAAAGCACAAUGAUCACAGAUUCUCCUGCGAUAUCUCUGGGGACUCCUGCAAGAACAAUGGCAAACCAGUCCAUCAGCGCUGCUCAGACUACCCCCAAAACUGGCCCUAAUGCUUUUGCAAGCCCUGCUUCGACUCCUCGGCUCAGUCUGAACAGCAGCGUGCAUGCAUCAGCAGUGUACCCAUCCAUUCAGCUGCUGGGGCUGGAGAUGCUGCUUCACUUUCUCUUGGGCCCGGACAUCACCGCUGCUGCUGCACAGAACAAGCUCCAGCUCAGUCUGGAACCACUUGCAAAUCCACUAAUCACCAGCCCUUCAUUUUUCUGCAAGCAUGCUGGAGUUCUCAUAAACUCAGUGCGAGACGGGCUCAUUACUGUAGGCAAAGAAGCUGCAGAUGCCACACUUAACCUUAUCUGGAAGAAUCUAAUUGGCUUUGUGACCGCAGCAAUAGAAACAGGCAAUAAAAAGGAGCGGCAGGGCUCGGAGGUUUUGACCCUGUUCUUGCAAGCUUUACACACCAUAGUAACUUCAGAAGCACUUCCUGCACAUCGAGCAUUGAUUCUCCUUGAAGCCACUGUGAAGGGAAUCCCUCCAAAAAUACUGGGUUCCCCAGCUUACCAGGUAGCCAAUAUGGAUGUUUUAAAUGGAACUCCUGCACUAUUCUUGAUGCUCUUGUUCUAUCACAGUAGCUUGUUGGAAUCCUUUGUUACUGAGGAGAGGUUUUUCGUAAGUGUGGAGACACUAGUUGGCUGUGGUCUGUCUGGUCCCACGUCUCCGCUGGCGUACAGCGAGUCCAUUCUGAACGUUAUCAAUCAGAGGGCCACCCUGGUGGUGAACAAGGAGCACCUCUGGAGAAUGUGGAGCAUCGUAGUUAACCCUUUAACAGAAAGGAUCACACAUACAAAUGAAGUCAAUCAAGGAGAUGCCUUAGAACAUAACUUCACUGCUGUGCACAGUGCUCUGAUGCUGCCCAUAACUCACCUCCUCACAGUAAAGGGAUUCCCACAGGGCACGAUGAAGCCUCUGUUGCGCACCUGGGCAGAGCUCUACAGGGUGUUUGCACGCUGCGCUGCUCUGGUGGCUACAGCUGAAGAGAACGUCUGCUGUGAGGAGCUGUGUGUUAAAAUGACACCAGUCCUGGGAAACGAUGCUCUGUCGCAUCCGUUGACAUUGGAAGCAGUUGUUAACGUUCUAACCGUCAUUAUUGAGUGCGUCAACUUUUCACCUUACACUCCCAGGUUUCAACAAAUUAUAAAUUCUCCACAUACACCUUCUAGCUGGAUGCGAAAGAAGAAUAAGCCCCUGGGAAACCUGACCUCUUACAUGAAGCUCCUGGUGCAGACUGUGGACUCGUUCCACUCGCAGGGUGAUUCAGAGCCCCUGACUGACACACCUGCCUCUUCCAUGGUUUUAGUGGGGACUUCCAUCAUCAACAUUCUGUCAAUGCUUUUCAGCAACCUGUCGCUGGCCACUGCCAUCGGAGAAUCCCUUUCAAGCCUCACCAGACCCAUAUCCACGUUUUACCAAAGAACGGCAAAGCCCCAAGCUGAUGUGCCAAAGGUCUAUGCAAUUCUUGCACACAAGCUGGAAAAACUAUUGGGAGAGAUUCUAACCUGCUUGCAGUCUCGAUAUGCGACCGCCUAUGAUGAUGAACUGUUGGAACAGCUGGCGCCGUUGCUGAGUGUUCUUUUCCUUCAUAAGAACAAGCAGUUCCGGAACCAGAUAGCUCAAUUUUGGAAUGCCACAUUUGCAAAGGCUGCAACAUUGAACUACCCACAGGAACUCAAGCCUGUUCUGAACCAGGUAAAGCAGAAACUUCUCAUUAUACUGCCUGGUUUUGAAGCUGUUGAGGUGGCUGUUGAUGAGUCCAAUGGACCUUACUCUGAUAAUAGUGAGUGUUCCCAGUUGGACACAAAGAUCAGUGGCUUGGAAGUGAAGUCUGCAGGAAAAAGGGAUUCCUUGCUUUCCAGAGCGGACGAGCUAAAGGAAAAGCAUUCUGCACCAGUGGCGGUGAAACUGGACUUUGGCUCUCCCAAGCCUUCUCGUCGGGAACUUGUGUUGGACGAGGAGAAAUCUGUGGACUUUGUGUUUAUCCCCCCAGUGCCCAAGCAGAGAGUGCUAACUGAACACCAGAAGGAAGUUCUGAGGACAAAAAGGGUUGAUAUUCCUGCCAUGUAUAAUAACCUGGAUGCUUCUCAAGACGCCACCUUGUUUACACAGUACAGCCAGAGCCAGGAGGACUCUACGGAUAAACCAGCCCCAGAUGAGAAGACGGAAGAAGCCACUAACACACCAGAAGCCACUUUAGAAAAACAAGAUCAAGCUCCUGAAGAGAGAUCUGAGGACCAAGAUGAAAAGAUGGAGAAAGCCCCUGAUGCAGCGCAACCAGACACAGAGAUACAAAAUAACGAAGAAAACAAUGUGGGUUCCAAAAUGGAAACAGAGUCAGAUUCACCUAAUCCUGAAAUGGAUACCCCUGAAGACCUUGUUGAGACUUUAAAAGCUCCAGAUGUUUCAAAGGAGGAGCCCCCUGGGGUUGAGGAUGUUGCCAUGGAGACUGAGGACAGCAGUGUCAACGUUAGCAACAGUUCUACCUCUUCAGAUGUGGUGUCAGGGACUCCCCAGAAACCAUCAAGUCGGCGGCAGUCUUUUAUCACUUUGGAGAAGUUCACUUCUUUAGAUGGAAAUACCUUUAGUCCUGUUAGGCUCAACACAUUCAUGGGGUCAGAUAGCAAAGCCUUAAAGUCUGCUAGUCAGGAAGCUGUGGAGGUUGAACCAAAGGAGGCUGAAACGCCCCUGGAGAGAAGCCGAGACACUGCAGUAGACAAUACUAUUCCAAUGCCCGAAAAGCCUAAGCGUGGGCGUCCGAAAGGCCGUAAAAGUGGCAGCACCCCUGUAGUGGCAUCAAAACUUGAGAAAAGCUCAGAACAGUCAGUGGAAGAGAAGGAAACAAAGCCUAAAGUGGAAAAAAACGAUAUUAGUAAUAGUGACGGAGCAGAAGAGGACUGUAUCCCAGAUACACAGCCAGUGAAGCCUGACUCUUCUGAGUGUGUGAAUGUAGAGGAAGUAGAGAAACCCCAGGAAAACCUUGUGUCUGCAAAGGAGGAGACUGUUUCAUCUGUUGAGUCCAAGGAGAAUACGCCCCCUGGAGAGUUGGAAAACCAGGACAACGAAGGUCAAGCUUCUGAAAGUCAGUCUAGUCAGAACGAGCCUAGGCGUUCCUCGAGACGGUUUAGUCAACCAUCGCGCUCUUUGGAUUGCUCAGAAAGCCAAGAGAGUGAAGAGAAAGGAAAAAUUAAAAAGAGAGGCCCAAAAACUAUGGAGGAAAAAGCCAUUGAAAGAAAAGCUAGUCUAUAUAAUGUGGGCCAAGCCCAACAUCAGCAGGCAUCUUCUCCAGCUGCAAGUCAGACGGAUACUCAGUUACAGGGGGAAACCAGCAAGAGGAGCAAUAAAGCUCCAGGGCGAGAGGACAGGGUUACCAGGAGAAGUGUUUCCACCAUUGCAGUGGAGACUGCAUCUCCCUGUGAGGCAGAGGAAGGGAGCAAAGAAGCCUCACAAGGGCGUAGCAGGUACCAGACUCGGAGAUCUUCUCAGGGUCUGCUUUCCAGCAUCGAGAAUUCUGAGUCUGAUGGCUCAGAGACUCGUGAUGAUGGUCAGAAGACGAAAAAGAGUGGAAGAGGAAGGAAGCCUAGCAAAAUUGCAGACUCUUCAGACUUUAAAACUGAAGGCAAAUCCCAAGUGGUGGAAAGUGCAGCAGUAGCAGAUCAAAUGGAAAUUACUGAUGUGGAAAAUGCCAUUGAGCAAGCAGUGGCUGAGGAUGGCAGUACAGUGGUUUUACAAGUUCCAGAGACAAAGAACACAAAUGAGACCUCUGCAGUCCUCGAGCCUGCGGAUGUGUCUGGAAAUUUUAAGAAUGAGCAGAGUGUUUCUUUUGAUCAGGAAAACAAAACAUACAGUAUAAACAGAACUUUAGAUACAGAGUCUUGUUCAGAGCCCAUGCAGGAGAACAAGACUUGCAUGAUAAAAAGUGAAAUGUCCAGUAUGUCCGAGAGUAUGAUCACAGAGCCUAGUAUUGGGGACUUUUCCACGGCGCACUCAGAUGUCUUCAGUGCUUCUGCAAAGAGCGAAAAUCUGCAUUUCUGCUCUCACAGCAAGCGGGGACGUGGACGCAGGCGUUCCAAGGUCUGCAACCGCUGUGUGGCAGACCUUCAGCAGGAUAAAGACCUCUCUGGCGUGCAAGAUUCAGAAAAGCAAGUGUUAGACCCGAAAGAGCUUUUAUCUGGAAUGUCCUCUGGGGGCCAGCAGUUUGACGACAGUAUUUUUGACCCCAAUGCUAUGAGCACCCCACUGCUGUCCAAGGAUCCAGUGUUCUUUAGCACCUCUGUAAACCAGCUGGCUUCGGGAAAUGAGUUGGAAGAAGAGAAAACUACCAUCCUCGGAACUGUGACUUUAAUAGAGGGAGUUGAACAGGACACCUUAGUUGCUGCCACCAGUGAGCUCUCUGAGCAGACAGCAGUUGCCAUAAAAGAAACGCAGGUUGAAGGGCAGCAGGUUCUGGAAACAAAAGAGGUUCAAUCAGAAACUAAAGAACACCCAGAGCAAGAAUCUCCAACCAGUGAGGUAGAGGAAGAACAGCAGUUGGUGCCCCUUGAGGAAUGGACUGAGGAUCAGCAGCCCAUGCCAGAUCAGGAGAAGAAGCUUGAAGAAACUGUGCAACCACCAGAGAAGCAUCCUGACGAGGUGCAAGGGGUGGUGGAGGAGAUCUCUGAAGCCACCCAGCUAGAAGAUGAUGUCUUCCCUACUGGAGUAGUUGCUUCUUCACUUGGCCUGCCUGAAGAGUCUUUGGUGCUUAAACAAGCAGAUUCUGAAACAUUAAAUUUGGACUCUCCACCGAAGCAGAAGGGUUUUGAUGCAGCUUUUCUAAUGGAAAUUGGCCAGAGCCCCAGCGGCACAAAACCCCGUGGUGUGUGGUCCCCUACAGCUUCCCCUUCCACAAGCAUCCUGAAGAAAGGGUUGAAGAGGCCACUGGAGGAUGACUCUCCUUCACCUCUCCACAAGAACCGUCGAGUGUCCUUCGCCAACCCAAUCUAUCAGCAGGAACUGGCUGAUGACAUUGAUCGUCGUAGCCCAGUUGUAAGGCCAUCUUCAAAUGGCUCCCCUAGAUCCAAAGGCCAUAGUGCAUCAAUUACACAACAGAAGUUUGUUACCACUCCAAUCAAGGGCUUGUUGUGCCUGAGCCCCCGCAACCUCCAUAGCCCUGGAUUCAAAAGCUCCAAGAAAUGCUUGAUAUCGGAAAUGAGCAGAGAAUCAAAGCCUAUCCCCAAGGACUGUGUGUACCCUUCUCUAGUGGGUUGUUCGGUUCCCGUGGAGGCGAUUCUGCCACAGCUUACGUCCAGUAUGUGGGCGCGGGGAUUUGGCCAGCUUGUUCGAGCCAAGAAUGUAAAGACAGUUGGUGACCUGAGUGCUCUCACUGCUGCAGAGAUCAAAGCCCUCCCCAUUCGCUCUCCAAAACUACUCAACGUGAAAAAGGUGCUCAGAACGUAUCACGAACAACAGAGGAAGUUGCGUGGUGAUGACUACCUCAAAGGAUUUGAUGAAACGGAGAAAAUGACUUCUGAAACUGAGGACAAGGAGCCAGUCCUGAAUAUUGAGGAGGAGGAGGAGAAGCUAGCAGCUGAAUUUGUUGGUACGCCUGUUCCAGCUGCAGUUAUGAAGCCACCUUCUGACCUGCCCUCCGAUGUGGAAGCUCUUAACACUCGGUUCAGCUCUGAAGACCUUGGGAAGUACUCCGGCAGCCAGCUGUUCACAAUGCACCAGCAGAUGAGCGGCAUGUUGAACAAUAUUGUGAGCAAUCUGCACUCCCGCAUAAGUUCUCCAUCGCUGGAGAGCUCAGACUGACCUGUGGUCAAUCAAACAACUUCAGCGCAUCUCUUUUUUAAAUAAAACCAAUCCAAAAAUAGUGAGUUUUUAAUAAGACACUCGAAUUUUUUUUUUUUUUAAAUGGUGAACAUCUCCAGUUGAGCACUGUGCUUUGACUGAGUGACAUUAUGGGCUCAAGAAUCCAGUGGAUGAAGAAGGGAAUGCUACACCACCUUCCUCUUUUUAUAUAUUGUAUGGUUCAUGUUGUUGUUUUUGAAAUAAACGGGGAAUACGUUCCUAUUAGCUUU